AACUCAAUCUGGGUCAGAGUCAGAGUCAGGGACAGAGUUGAGCGUUAAAAAAUAGAGAAGAUGAGAAUGGUAGGACUAACAGGUGGAAUCUCAUCGGGGAAGAGCACCGUCUCCAAUCUUUUCAAGUCCCAUGGUGUCCCCGUCGUAGACGCCGACCUCGUCGCUCGCGAUGUGUUGAAGAAGGGCACUGGUGGGUGGAAAAAGGUAGUCGCAGCAUUUGGAAAGGAGAUUUUACAAGCUAAUGGAGAAGUUGAUAGGGCUCAAUUGGGCCAAAUUGUGUUCUCUGAUCCUGCUAAGCGCCAAAUUCUUAAUCGGCUAUUGGCUCCUUAUAUAUCCUCUGGUAUCUUUUGGGAAAUUGCAAAGCUAUGGAUAAGAGGGUUUAAGGUAAUUGUUCUUGAUAUCCCCUUGUUGUUUGAAGCCAAGAUGGACCAGUGGACGAAACCCAUUAUAGUUGUAUGGGUUGAUCCUGAAACACAACUUAGACGACUCAUGGCAAGAGACAGAGCAAGUGAGGAAGAUGCUCAAAACAGGAUAAGUGCUCAGAUGUCUCUGGAUUUGAAAAGGACUAAGGCAGACAUAGUGAUCGAUAACACAGGAUCUCUAGAAGACUUGAAUGAACAGUUUAAGAAGGUAUUAUUUGAGAUCAAAAAGCCCUUGACGUGGACUGAAUUUGGGCUUUCUAGACAGGGAGCGUUGUCAGUCUUUGUUUCUGUUAUUGUAGGUGUUCUUAUAUGCCGAAAAGUCUCUAGUGGUUAUGGUUUGGAACCAUCAUAAUUAUCAAAACCUCUUGCACUUGAGAUUCACCAGUGUAUCCGUGCUUUACAGUCAUGUUCAUCUGUUCUUGGAAAGGAAAAUGUUUGUUUUGUGUUUUCAAGCAACCCUGCAAUUUUACAGGCCGCAGCCUUGAGAUAAAAGAAAAGCAUUUUUGCUUUCCUCUCAAGUACUCAUCAGUUGGGUCUAACAGUGAAUGUAAUGAAGACUUGACUUAUUUGUGAAUCUUUAUAUUGAUAUAUUUUCUACUA